AUGGAUUUGCAACUCCAUUUGAUUGAAACUAUUACAAACGAUUUUUCAGAGUAUCAGAAAGUUGGAAGUGGUGGGUAUGGAGAUGUUUACAAGGCAGUGUAUAAAGGGGAAGAGAUUGCUGUGAAGAAACUUCAUCCCUUGCAAGGACUUGAUGAUAAGCAAUUUCACAGUGAAUUGCUUAACCUCACCAAGGUUUCUCACAAAAAUGUUGUACGAUUAAUUGGCUACUGCUAUGAAUCUCGGCAUAAAUACGUCAAGAACAAUGGGGAGACUAUCUGGGCGAAAUCGAUGGAGCGUGUUCUCUGCUUCGAAUAUAUGCAGGGUGGAAGCCUCGAAAAACAUAUUGCAGAUGAAUCCUGUGAACUUGACUGGCCCACAUGUUACAACAUCAUAAGAGGGACUUGCGAGGGUUUAAAUCACCUUCACAGUGCUCCAGAUAACCCUAUUUUCCAUCUGGACUUAAAGCCAGCUAAUAUACUGCUAGAUAAGAGCAUGACACCCAAAAUUGCAGAUCUUGGUUUGUCACGGGUUUUUGCUUCAUCAGAAACACAUCAAACAGAGAUUGUCAAAGGAACACACGGGUAUAUGCCACCGGAAUACGUAGCCCAUCGCCGUAUAUCAAAGAAGUUUGACGUGUUCAGUUUUGGCGUCAUAAUUAUAAAGAUGGUGGCUGGAAAUACUGACUAUUCUGACAUGCCUCCCAAGGAGUUUAUCAAGCUUGUAAGAAAAUCCUAUGCAACUUUUUCAAAAGAAAAAAAAAUCCUCUAUCUAAGCAUGAACAUACAUUGUACAACUUUAGUUACUGCGCCAUGCUUGCGUUGCGUGCAGGCAAGGGAAAACUGGACCAAAAGGUUGCAGGCGAUGCCGGACUCAUACUCAUCACACGAAGUAGACAUCCUACGAGUCACUAAGUGCGUUGAGAUUGCAUUAAGGUGUGUGGACAAGGAUAGAGAUAAAAGGCCUUGUAUUAAGGAUAUUGUCCAAGAACUUGAGGAACUAGAAGCUGAGAUACAGAAAAUGUUACAAACUUCUGAUCUUUCAGAAAACCUAACCGUCCAGAGAAGCCGUGGCACCAACAUUCUGUCGGUCGAUCCGACACUAGAGAUGAGGUUCCUCUUCGAGCCAAGGAAGGAGGUAUCAUGCUGCCUGCAACUUACCAACAAGACAGACGACUUCAUAGCGUUCAACGUAAAUAUAAACCGACCCAAGUACCACACAAGGCCGAGCAGAGGAACCAUGCCACCAUGUUCGAAGAGGUACAUUGCCAUAACGCUGCGAGCACAAGCGGUGGCCCCGCUCAACAUGCAGUGCCACGACAUGCUGCUUGUGCAGAGCAUCCGCAUCAACCAAGAGUUGGCAUCAGAUCCUGAUAAGAUCGAUUAUCAAGAAUUGUUUGAGGUGGUCGUGGAGGAUGAUGUGGUGAAGCUACCGAUCGUUUAUGUUACAGCAGAACAAUAG